UGGCCCAAGGCGUCCGGUCCAUGGCGGUGAGCGAGGCGUCGGUGGCUGGGGGCCUUUCUCCAGGCCCCGAGUUCUCAGGUUCUGCAAAAACACUUGUAGAAUUGGUUUUUCAUUUUAUCCGUUCAAGAAGGGGUAACAUCCAGGCAACUCUUGCUUGCUUCCUUGUUUUGGAGGCCCAGACAGAUAUCAUGGUAUCCCAAACAUUAUCCACUGGGAUUCACCCAUUGAUUUGCAAAGUUGAUCUUCCUCUCUUGCACCAACUGGUGGCAGCGUGCUUCCCGGGCUAGCACGCUUUAGGCUCAAAGGGGAGCACCCGUAGGAGCCCAUCGGAUGGUGUUUGAGGCCUCGGACGAUGGGACGAAGCCACCCACCGUGGCUGCGUUGAAGACCUGCGACUACUUGGAGCUUCAGAACCAGGAGCCUGUGGCCUGUGUUCAUGCCGACUGGUCAGAGAGGCUGCUGAAACGCAAGAAGUUGGAGGUUGGUGUCCUUUGCGAAGCACCCUUGCUCUUCGAUGAACGAAAUGCCAACGGGAGCAGAACGUGGAGGGACGCCAGUGGAAAAAUUGUGGUGGCCAAGCGUGGAGAGGAAGAGUUCGAGGCCAUGGCACGCCGUGCCGAGUCCUCCGGUGCAGUUGGGCUGGUGGUGGUCGACAACGAGGAUGUCUUUGAUGAUGACUUUGAGAUGGCAUCGGAGGACCCCUAUCGACCUCUCUCGGUUCCGGCCGUCUUGGCGCCCAAGGCCUGUGCCGAGCUGCUCUACGGCCGAGCCAAGGAAGCGCGGGUCGUACGAAGGUAUCAUCGCACGCCCUCACCCUCGGACGCACGGAUGCUUCAGUUCUUGCGGAUGAGAGGGGUGGAGGUCAAUCUAAAGAUGACGUGAGGACCGGACGCUCGCAGUGUUCGAGCAUUUCAUAGCAUUUCUGUCGCCGGAAAAAGGGCAUCCGAGUGUGAUGCUGGGCCGGGCCUGCGUAGCUUUGCCGCCCAUUCAGUUUCAGCAGCAAGAUCCAUGCGUGGUUGACAACACCAUCCUGCUGAGAAACCCUUGGUCAACUGCAAGAUACUGUCAGACGAAUCCACCACAAUC